GUACACUUGUUCUCUGAGAUCUGCAAUUCAGUGUAAGAUUCUUUAAAUGCAUUUCCAGAAUUCUCCAAAUGCUAAUUGGCUUGUCAUACUCUGGGGUCUCUCCUGCCCCCCUACUGCAGCGCUGAGCCUUUCGCUGCGUUUCGUUCCUCGCCUGGUCAGACUACGUGGUGCCAUUCGCGUUUUAUUCGUCUUGCUGUUAUCAUUAUUCUCAUUUUUUUCUUUUGCUUCGACUCCCACUUCGUGCUACAGGGGGCACUGUGGAAAGCUUCUUCUCCUGAUCGCUAAAUGUCAGCUCAAUCCCAAAAAUCGUGUCGAUCGCGUGCGCCGCACAUCCAGCCCCGACUGCAUCGCCCCGCUCGCUAGCACAAGUUAAACAAGCCUUGGAGCGGCGAGUCCUGGCAGGCAGCUCGCUGACGAGGCACCGGAGCGCUCGGCGCGGUCUCAAGGCACUCAUGGAUCUCUUAACUUCAGGCGACGCCUUUGACAAACUGCUCUUGAAAGACUAGGAGGAUUGUGGGGUACCUGCAGCCGCUGCCCCGCCUACCCUCAACUUGUUCACCUUUGGAACUCAGCGGAGGACAACAUGCAGGGUCGGGAGCCGAGAGCGACUUAUCCAAGUAGAAAACUGCGGUAGAGAGCGCAACUUUAGCGAAGUGGAUCCGCGCGGGCUUGACGUUACCGGCGGCUCAUUCCGACGCAGCCUGGAUAUCGUUUAUGACUGAUAUUUUCUCUUUGUUUGGAAAGUCCUUUUAAAAUUUUUAUUUCUUUUACUUUUAUGAGAUAUGUCCGGAGUUUGUUUUUGGCAGCUUUUGAACAUUGUUUGCUGCUGCAUUUUGGUCCGCGUCCAGGCUGACUCGGACCCCGGCAUUACGGCGGAGGAGCAGAUCUACCUGCUUUUCCAUGCUAAGCUCCAGUGUGACCUGAACAUCUCAACAGAGAGCUCCAAAGAUAGUCCUUGUCCUCCAGGCUGGGAUGGCUUGAUUUGCUGGCCAAGGGGCUCUCCAGGAGAGGUGACAAGUGUCCUCUGUCCAACUUACGUCUACGACUUCAACCACAAUGGCUAUGCCCACAAAAGAUGUGAUGUCAGUGGCUCUUGGGACCUCAACCAGACUUGGACAAAUUAUUCGGAGUGUUUACGCUUUCUUCAGCCAAGGAAUGAAGACAGGAAGCAAGAUUUCUUUGACCGUCUGUACAUCAUGUACACCAUUGGGUACUCAGUGUCAUUCUGCUCCCUCUUGGUGGCCAUCUUCAUCAUUGGUUAUUUCAGAAGGCUCCACUGCACAAGGAACUACAUCCACAUGCACCUGUUUGUGUCCUUCAUGUUACGAGCCGUCAGCAUCAUUGUCAAAGACAAGGUGGUCCACGCCAGCAGCGGUCUGCAGGAGCUCGAUUCAUUUUUGAUGAGCGACAUGAGGAACAAUUCCUUUGCCCCACUAGUGGACAAGAGCCAAUACAUCGGGUGCAAGAUCACAGUUUUCCUGUUCAUCUACUUCCUGACCACCAACUACUACUGGAUUCUUGUGGAAGGCCUCUACCUCCAUAGCCUCAUCUUCAUGGCUUUCUUUUCUGAUACUAAAUACCUCUGGGGAUUCACUCUGAUCGGCUGGGGUGUACCAGCUGUCUUUGUGGCAGCAUGGGCAGUCGUCAGGGCAACGCUGGCAGAUGCCAGGUGUUGGGAUCUCAGUGCCGGCAACAUAAAAUGGAUUUACCAGGCGCCAAUUUUAAUCGCCAUCGGGUUGAAUUUCAUCCUGUUUCUGAAUAUUGUUAGAGUGCUUGCCACGAAAAUUCGGGAAACCAACGCAGGACGAUACGAUACAAGGAAGCAGUACAGGAAGCUGGCCAAAUCGACGUUUGUGCUGGUAUUAGUGUUUGGCGUUCACUACAUCGUGUUUGUGGGGAUGCGGCACACCUUUCAGGGCACGGGAUGGGAGCUGCGAAUGUACAUCGAGCUGUUCUUCAACUCCUUUCAGGGAUUUUUUGUGUCCAUCAUCUACUGCUAUUGCAACGGAGAGGUCCAGACGGAAAUCAAAAAGACUUGGACUCGCUGGAAUCUGGCAUUCGACUGGAAACGAACCACAAACUGCGGUAGCUACCGUUACGGCUCCGUCCUCACCAACCUGAACCACAGCACCAGCAGCCAGUCUCAGCUAGCUGGCACUUCCCGGACGGCCCUCUUCUCCAGCAGGGUGUACCGCAGCGGGACCAAAGUCAUCAACAGCCACACCACCUUACCUGGAUACGUCCUCAGCAACUCGGACGCCGAGAGCCAGCCGGCUUCGAUCCCCGAGGAGAUGGACGAAAACCAGGUGGAUGACAUCUCCUUGAAAGAAUCACUCCAGCCAAUGCUGAGCCACCACCCUGUGGCUGAGGACAGCGAAGAAACUCUAUGAGCCUUCCUUCAGGCCGGCAGGGCUACGGGUACGAGGGGCAGCCCGGCCUUUGACGGGAUCACAGUGGCAGAUCCCAGCAUGAGAACCACAGCCACUGUGGCAGGGGAUCGAGUGGCAAUGGAGACUCGUGCAGAUGAAAAGCACCAAGUUUGCUUUCUUUGAUGAGUGGAGCACCAGGCUACUCCUCCAUAGAAGCACCCAUGUGUUUUAACUGGGGCUUCUGUCUACAACAGUAUGGCACAAUUUGAUACGACUUCAGUCCACAUUUAUAUUCUUGGAUUGGCUUGGCACUAAGGGCUGCGUUUAUAUGUCAUCAUCGUCGUCAUCAUCAUCACUGUGUAAAUCUAGCUGGGCAUGAACUGCUGUUUUUUUAUGUGAGUACGGACUAGCGGUAUUUUGGUUUGUAUUUCCAAUUUUGACUCUCCCUAUUUAUGCAUCGACUUGUUUAGAUGGCAGCAGUGCCCACUCUGCCACCCCAGGGUUAGAUCAGGUGAGACCAAACACUGGGCGAUUGGGAAACUGGCAGCACUGGAAUCCGCUGCACAACUCUGGAUCCAUUGGAUCACUCAGGCUGGAGAAAGCACAUUUAUGUUGCAUUCAUUUAUUUGCUUAUUUAUUGAUUGCUUUUAUACAGCUUUUAAAAUGUUGGUUAAUUUAAAAUAGUCUGAUAAAACGAAUGUUUCCGUUUUUUAAUAUUGAUUUUUGUAAGUCCUCAAUUAAUAUGAAUGAACAGAUACAAAUAAAAAUAAAAGUCACCGCAACUUGGA